UCAAGACUUUUAAAUUCGAAACGGCUCAGCUUUCACCACGAAAAGAGGGCGAGGGUUUUUCGAAAGAGUAACGCUACAGCACAUAUGCGUGGAGUUGUUUGUCUGGAAGAAAGAAGUAAGGUUACACUCAUAGACAGUUUCUUCUCCUGUUUUGAGGAUGAGCUCAGUUGCUGUGAAUGAUGAGAACCGUGGGGUCUGCCCUGGAAAAAAGUACAGCAGUCCAGCAGAUGACAUUUUUGCCUUGGAGCAGCCAACGGGGAGAACAUCCAUCCUGCGUCAGUCAGAGAACCUGCCCAGCAAGACUGUGGCAAAAGGGGCAAAGGUUUGUUUUCAGACUCCGAGAAGAGACCCAGUCACCAAAAGAAUCUUAUCUCCCACAAAGUCUGUCAAGAUGACAAGCCUGGAUGAGUGUACAAAAGCUAUGGAGUCAUUAAAUUUGGAUAAUGCAAAUGCUUUGCAGCAGGAUGUCACUGAGCCACCCUUUGGACUGAAAUCCGAUGUGUCUUCUUAUCCUGAUGAUGAUAUGCCCAUACAAAGCAAGGGGGGAUAUCAAUUGGAUUUUGACAACCUUGAUGCUAUCAAUCCUUUUCAAGGGUCUAAUAAGAUGGUCCUGUCUCCUGCAAGGCCUGCUGCAGAGGACCAUUCGACAGGACAAAAUGAGUCUCAACACAGCAGCCCAGAAAAUAUGUUGGAGGAGCCUACCAAAACGGAAACGGCACUAGAUGAGACACUUCCGUUCAUCCAGUCAGUGGAAAAUUCACUCGCUGAUGUCUCAGCUGACAUAUCGUCCACAGAUAGCAGUGUGGUCACAGUUGUCAAGGUCCCAGCUGUUGAGGAGCAAGAUUCAUCUACUGUCACACUUGAUAAAGAACCAAGUGUUGAUCAAGACAAAGCGUCAACCAGCUCUUUUGUGGAGGAUGCCCCACUGCCACCCAAAGGUUCUUACAACUUUGAUUUUGAUAACCUUGAUUCAGUUAACCCUUUCCAAACUGGGGGCUCUAAAAUCCAGAAUUCCCCCGUCCUUGGGAGAAAGGUGCCAAAUGAGGCUCUAACUGUUGAGGCAACAGAGGAAAAAGAAAUGAAUCCUACAAUUAUUGCCAAUGUGCCUGAGUCAGUUCAGGAGGCACCCAUCCAGCCUGAGGUGAACCCCACAGCUAUAGCAGCUACUAUUUCCAGCGAUGCCAUCAAGCCUGCAGAAGCUGAAUCUGUGCCCCAGCCUGUCACCUCCCUUCCCAGAGAAGGCCCGGUCAAACUUGAAUUCAAUUUUGAUGAUGGUGGCGAAGUGAAAUGCAAGCCACCACCCAAGAAGUUUGGCAAAAGGCCAUCUGGUCUUAAGUCUACACAGGGAAAACCUGUACCUGAAAAGGACUCAAAACCACCCAAACAGUCUCCAGUCAAGCCUGCCGACCAUGUUGAGGAGAUUCCUGCUCCCAAGGGCUCCUACUCAUUUGACUUUGAUGACCCAAACUUCAAUCCCUUUGGCACAAACUCGAAAAUGGAAAAUUCUCCAAAAUGCAGCGUGAAAUCCAGUCCAGUAGGCAAUGUGUCUUCUCUGGCCAAGGAGAUUGCUGUUCCUGUGGAAAUGGCCAUGCCUGUGGAGAAUGAAGCCGUAUCAUCAGUGUGUGCUGAAGAGUGUGUUCCAAAGGCUAAACCCAACUCUGCCGUCAUAAGCGAAGAUGAGAACCCGAUAGCUGCCCCCAGUCAUAACCAGGGAUUUCAACCUGAAAAUGACCAACAUGGGCUGAGUCUUCCUGAACCCCUUGAGUCUUUGGGUCAGUCUGAGCAGAAGUCACAGGCUGGCCUAUCAGCACCCAGUGAAGACUUUGUUCCUGGAACCAUGUUCAUGUCCAAUGACUUUGAUGGUCAAAUCGACUACCUGGAGCAGUUUGGGUCCAGCAGUUUCAAGGAGUCGGCACUGAGGAAACAGUCCCUGUACCUUAAAUUUGACCCCCUCUUGAGAGAGAGCCCCAAGAAGUCUGGAGGCCUGGCAGCUCAGAUGAACCUCCCUCGACCUGCUCCCUUUGCCUCUCGUUUGGAGGCCUCACAGAUGGCAGAAAAGAAGGCUGCAGAUAUUCCACAAAAGGAUGAUUUCAAACUCUUUGAUGAUGCUACAGCACCAGAUCCUCCAGUGCUUCAGAGCCUGGUGCCUGCUGUCCCCAUUCCAGUAAACACAGAGGAUGCAAUUAUUGAAGUGCUGAAAUAUAGUCAGAAAGACAUGGAUGCAGCCAUUGCUAAGGUCCAGGCAGAGGCAAAGGAGAGAGAGGAGCAAUGGAGUUUAAAGUAUGACAAACUAUUUGACGAGAGCCAGGAAAUGAGGAAAAUAAUUUCUGAAUUUGAGCCCACAAUUGCAAAAAUAUUGGCUGAUCAAGAGAAGGAGAGGCAGGUGGCCCAGGCGAAGCUCAACGAGGCUCUGCUGGAAAAGGAGCAGGUGUCGAUGGACCUGAAUGCCAUCGAGAGAUCUUUCUCUGAGCUCUUCAAGAGACUGGAGAAGUACAAGGAGGUCAUCGAGGGUUACAAGAAGAAUGAAGAGACUCUGAAAGCUUGUGCUCAGGAGUAUCUAGCAAGGAUCAAAAAGGAGGAGCAGCGUUACCAGACCCUCAAAGCUCACGCUGAGGAGAAAAUUACCCGUGCAAAUGAAGCGAUCGCUGAUGUGCGGUCCAAGCUCAAGGCCGAGGUGUCAGCUCUUGAGGCCCAGCUGCGCAGGGAGCAGCUGAAGGCACAAUCGCUAGAAAAGAACCUCGACCAGAAAGUAAAGGAGGCUGAAGAACUUACUAAACUUUGUGAUGAGCUAAUUGCAAAAGUCCAGAAGGGCUGAGUUCAACGGUACUUGUUUUAUCUGUUUGUCUUGUUUUCUUUUUAAUUGUUGUUGUCUACUUAAAAAUGAAAAUAUGUGACUGAGUAUUUGAAGAUUAGUCACAAUAGUGCUUUGUAAAUAUAGCCAGCUGUGUUUCGGAUCAAACUGCUUGCACUUGAACAAAACAUUUUUCCCAAGAUCGAAUAGACGCCUGAGUGAACUGUGUGUGCGCGCCUUUGUCAAUGUUCUGAUCUAAUACUGUAAUAUAGAUAAUAAAGCUGUUCUACAAAUCAGUCAA